AUGCUAAGCAACGGCUUUGACCCGUCUCUCUUGCUUCGUCGCGCAGACCACAGCAACCGGGUCAACAAGUUCAUCCAUCUGCUAUGUAUCUGGCCCAUAAUCUGGACCGGCUGCGCCCUCAUGACUCAGUGUUCUUUCGGAAAGCUUCCCUCGGAAGUCUUGGAGCAGCUUCCCCUUAGGGACGAAGCCUGGAACCUGCACCUUGGUACUCCGGUUGUGAUGGUCUACAUCUUCGUCUAUUUGGUGAUGGACCCCUUCGCGGGGGGCGUGGCCUCGCUCAUGAUGGCUUCGACGUACCUCACGAGCAACCUGUGGAUGGCUGGCGGAGGCUCCGCACGCCUGGCAACCGCCGCGCACAUCGGGUGCUGGCUAGCACAGUUCUACGGGCACGCCGCCCACGAGGGAAGGGCGCCGGCGCUCCUCGACAACCUCUUCCAGGCAAGAAGAAUGUGGCCUUGGUCUUGGGCUUUCUUGGCAUCACCGCUGUUCGUUGUGUGUGAGGUGCUCUUCGACCUCGGGUACAAGAAGGACCUGCAAAAGCGGAUGAAGAUCAAGGCUGAUGCCAACAUCGCCGAGUUCCGCGCAUCUAAGGCUGCUGCGGUCAAGAAGGACUGAUGGCAUACAUGAAGGCGUUCUUCUUCGCGCUCCGGCGGUGUGUGGCUACGAUAUUUGCUGCGGUGGGCUUCCACGAACUAGAAGUAGAUGUGCUAAUCGGGUACAG